AUGCAAAGAUCAUUCGUCCGCCAGACCCGAUCUAGAGCCAAGGCCACCCAGGAAGCGCCGGGAACUGGUGCUUGUGCGAUUGCUGAUGAUCCGGACACGACAGCGGACGAUAGUUUUGUGCCUUCGGUGAUCGAUCUCGAGCAUGGAAAUGAAUGCGAGUGUGCAGAAUGUGAUCGACCCAAUAAUGCCGAGCUGUAUAUGGUCCAAUGCGGAGGCUGUAAGCGUUGGUACCAUUUCUCGUGCGCUAAUGUCGAUCCAGUUACGGUACGUUCGAAGGACUUUUCCUGUGCGCAGUGUUCAACUGUGGUACCCCCUCCGUCUGCUAGUUCUGUUGCUGGACGGUCCAGUGUCUCUAGUUCACGGCGAGCUCAGAUAGCCCGUGAUCUAGAACGAUUGGAGGAAGAAAGGCUUCUACAGGAGAAAGUGGAGGAGGAACGGUUACGACUGGUAGAUAAAGCGAUGAAGGACAAAUUGGAACGAGAAAAGGAGUACAUCGCUCGAAAGCACGAGCUGCUCCGUCAGCAGGACGAUGAAAUAGCUAGCUCACGAAAUCGGCGUAGUAGCAGAAGUAGCAUCCAAAAGGUUGAAGCAUGGGUUGAGCAACAUGUGAAGCCCACUGGAAACAAUCAAGUCAACGUGGAAGGAAUCGUGACCGAGACCAAGAACUCCGUUCAGGAACUAGCCCCAACACCCGUUGGAACGUCAACUCCGCUGAUGAAUAGCGGAAUCAACGAGGAAGUAGUGGAUAUCGAUGGGGACGAAAUCUCCAUCUCUCCUACAGCCGAUAGCAUUACCAUCGGGGAAAGUCCACGAAGCGAGUCAGAUUCAGCAAGCAAUCAACAUCGGAAUCCGUCAAACCAUUUGAUUUCGCCAAAGCUACAGUUGGUGAACAUUCAGCCGUACACUCGCCUACUGGAAGAUUCUUGGCUUGCACCGUUGAAGAUCGCAACGAAUCCGAUGUCAUCAAAAACUGGCACGAUCCCGAAGAUCGUACCAAAGCAAAUGAUGAACACCUCUCCAUACGAAGUUUGGCAUCGUGAAACCAACCAGUUAAGGAAGCAGCAAAGUCUUGAACUUCAACGUCAGCAUAACGAUGAACUGAAACGACAUGAGCAACGUGAGCGUGAGUUGGAAGAUCACCUCAGACGCGCGGAAGAACAGCGCGAUAAGGACCGGCAGCGGCUGCGUGAAAUGGAAGACGGCUUGCGGAGGCAGCAUGAUCUGGAAACCAAACAUCGAGAGGAGAAUGAUUUGAGGCGCAAACGAGAGAUGGAACUAGUCAACAAGUUGAAGCUCUUGGAACAACGGCAUACGGAAGAACGGGACAAAUUGCUCAAGGUUGAAGACGCUUUGCAGAAGCAGCUUGAAAUGAGUCAUGAGCAGUAUCAGACUCUGGUGGCAGUAAGGCAGCAGGAGCUAGCGGACCGAGACGAAGACCGACGAAGAUUUCGAUCGUUGGAGCAACAAAUGGCCGAGCAGCGAGAAUUACUUCGCCAACGAGAGCAGAGUCAUCCAUUUCAAGCAACCGGGUCGCAACAGGUGGCACCAUCGGCUCAGCCAAUGCAACGCGUGAGUACGGACCGUACCCCUGAUUUGGAGCGUAGUGGAAUAAAUAACUCCUCCAACAUUGCGACACCCUGUCCCAGUGUCGCUAAUUCGUUAGACAGAUUAGGAACGCCUCGUACAUUUAUUGUACCCCCAGAAUUAGGGCCUUCUUAUGUAGGGCCACAAGGUCAACCACAGCUCAAUCCGUUAGGGCCUUCUUAUGAAGGGCCACAAGUUCAACCACAGCUCAAUCCGUUAGGGCCGCCUUAUGUAGGACCACAGGGUCAUCCACAGUUCAAUCCGUAUCACCCUCCGGAGUUGAAUCCUUGUCAACAUAAUCAGUUUCCACCGGUACAAUAUGGUCCAACACAUCACCAGCUAGCUGCCAGGCAUGUCAUCCCAAAAGAGCUUCCAAUUUUCUCUGGGGAUCCAAUCGACUGGCCACUCUUCAUAAGUAGCUACAAGCACUCUACUGAAACUUUGGCUACUCGGACUCGGAAAAUCUUCUGCGCUUGCAACGUUCCCUAA